AUGGGGCCCCCGGGCAAUUGGGGAUCAUGGGGCCCCUGUGUCCUGGCCCAAACUCAAAAAAGCCUAUGAAAAAGGUACCAGGGGCAUCUCAUGGGGCCCCUACUGACCCCGGGCCCUCCAAAUGGUUGCAACCGUGCGCAAUGUACUUGGUUGAAAGCAACACAAGUGUAAUGAGCCCAAAGCAGGGGCGGAGUGACAACUUAUGGGGCCCCCGGGCAAUUGGGGAUCAUGGGGCCCCUGUGUCCUCACCCACACUCAAAGCACACCCAAAAAAGCCUAUAACAGGUACCAGGGGCAUUUCAUGGGGCCCCCUACUGAGUGCCCGAGUGCUCGAAUGGUCAGUCUGCCCCUGUCCCAAUUGUCAGUCCGCCCCUGCU